UCACGUGCGAGGCAAUCGCAGACUCUCCUUCCGGUUGCUGGUAUGUUCUGAACUGGGCCAAAAGUAAUUGAGACGAUUUUAGUUAGAAGUGAAGCUUUGAAACUGUGGCGGUAUCGAGUACUUCACCUACAUCACCCUCUACCGUAACUGUUGCCAUAUGAUGGGGCGCUGACCAGAAACAGUAACCUUCAAAAGCAGGAAGCUUUAAGGAACAUUACAUGAGAAGCCGGAUCCUAAAUUUGUGGAAUUUGUACAAGAAAUGAGUGUGGAUGGUCGAACUUCCCCAGAGGCCUGGAACCAGAGCCGAACACCGACUGAAAUCGACAAUGAUCUGGACGAGAGGUCUACCGCUACCCCGACCACCCCCGACCAAACUUCCAUUGUGACGUCACAGCCCCGACCAACGCCGAAGAAACUGACCCGUGUCCAGUUGUUGAUGCCCGCGGACGAUUCCUGCAGUGAGAGGGAAUGGACAUCCGGGUUAUGCGAGUGUAGCAAAGGCAGACGAAAUUGCUGCAUGAUGAGCUGCUGCUGGCUGUACCACCGGUACAUCAUUGCCACCAGGGUUGGGGAAACCCCUUUCAUGUCCCUCAUCCCAUGCGCAGCCUUCGCCCUCAGAGUCAAAGUCAGAACGCUAUUCAGUAUCAAAGGCUCCAUUCUCCAGGAUUUCUGGGCGGCCCUUUGUUGUGAACCGUGUGCAGUAUGCCAGAUGACGAGAGAGCUUGAUGACGUUGGACUAUGACGUCAUCAACUAAGCAGACAUACAAUUGUGUAUCAGAUCAUUCAAUCACAUGUUACGUAUGAAAUGCCAGCGCGGAGCUGGCUGACAGAACUGUAUGCAUGGAUAUUAUCAGGGACAUAUGCACGUAUGUCUAUCUCCCUUGUUGCUGCUACUGUGACUGCGACAGUAACGACAGUGAGCGCCAUGAUGUCGACAUCACUGAACACUGCUAAGGAGAUUUGGGAAUCCAAGUGCCCAACGACAUCACUGCGCAGAUGGAGGACUGUUAUAUAAGUUGGCUAUUUCAAAUACAUCCGACAUUUCACUUAUAUAUGCAUUGUACAUUCAUUGUUAGAGAGACAUGUGACGUUAUGGAACAUAUUUUAAAGAUAAUUUAGUAUUAGCAACAAGUAACAACAGGAUCAACAGAGCAACAGCCAAGCAGGUACAGAACCUGAUGAAUUCAUCCUCGGUGAAAUACCUGAACAAUUUCUAUGUGAGUGGCAGUAAGUUCGGCAUAUGCCGUGAAUAGACAGGAUCCCAUUGUAGGCGAAUACAUACGUUUUUUGUAUAAGAACGAUUAAACGUCACAUCGUGCUUUUUCGGUUACGAGUAAUCCGGGGGUCGAUUAUGGAAUCAGCUUCCGAGCGGUUAUACCGCUAUCACUUGUCGAAUGUAACUAUGAGGACAGUUUUGACAAGGGAAAUAUUCCAACAAUACAUUAUGUCCUGUGACAUUUUUUUCCGGGGGAGGGGGUGGAGUCUGAUUAUCUUUCACAAAUACAUAAUGUAAGCUUCAUACAUCGUUAGGUCUCGCUGUUAUGGCUGAUACAUGCAGUUAUUUUGAUUCAAUUUGUUAUUGUUUCAAACAGACAAUCAAAAUUUCAAAUGAUUUUAAUCAAUUAAUAAUGAAAUAUUUCAAACAAUUAGCUCAAUUUAUAAUGUCAUUCCCCAUAUUAUUCACUGUUAUUAUUUAUUUUACAAGAUCUCUUCCGUGUCCGCAGACAAGCUUAUGAAUGAAACCAUGUUCAUUUAGAUAAUAAAUAUACACUUUUCAAAUAAACUGUGAAACAAA